CUCCUACCAACGAAGGCGCCGUUGCAACGACGCCAUGGUCUUCCCUAUCGGUGAUCCCAAUGACUCCACCGCGAGCUCGAUAAGGCUUCGCCUGCUCCAAUCACUCCCCGGACCACAGCAGGUCCUGAAGGCCUUGACGGGCUCCUUGAGUAUACCCUCGCUCUCGGGGUCGGACAUUGGCACCUCCCAGAAUACCUUCGAGCACUGCUCCCAGCCGGAGCUGAGCUGCCAGACCCGAUAUCGCGGCCAAGACACUUGCUGCUUCAACUACCCGAGCGGACAAUUCCUCCAGAGUCAAUUCUGGGAUGCCGACCCGGCAAUUGGACCGGAGGAUUCUUGGACAAUCCAUGGACUCUGGCCGGACUACUGUGACGGCAGAUUCGACCAAUAUUGCGACAAUUCUCGAAGAUACAGCAACAUCUCCUUGAUCUUGGUCGAUUCCGGCCGCGGCGAUCUUCUGGAUGAGAUGCGACGCUAUUGGAAAGACUUCCGCGGCGACGAUCCGAAUCUCUGGGAGCAUGAGUGGAACAAACACGGCACCUGCAUCAGCACGCUGGAAACCCACUGCUAUGACAGCGACUACUACCCGCAGCAGGAGGUGGUGGAUUACUUCGACAAGACCGUCGAGCUUUUCCACGGUCUUCCCUCGUACAAGACCCUCGCUGACGCCGGAAUCGUCCCUUCCUACGAGAAAACCUACACCCGCCACGAAAUCCAGGAUGCCCUAACCAAGGCCCAUGGAGCGGAAGUGUCCAUCCGGUGUCGACACAACGUCCUCAACGAAGCCUGGUACUACUUCAACAUUGCCGGGUCCAUGCAGACGGGCAAGUUUGUGCCUUCCGAACCAGACGGCCAGAAAUCCAACUGCCCAGCCAGUGGCAUCCGCUACCAACCCAAAACACCCCGCAAGGGAACCCCAACCAAGGGCCCGUCCGAGCCCACAGCCCCCAGCAAGCCCUUCACGGGCCGAGGCAACCUGGUGGUCUCGACGCUCGGGCAACGAAGAGGCUGCCUGAUCAGUCGCGGGACGUGGUUCACGUCGGGGACCUGCGCGACUUUCCGAGUCAAGAAGACUUCCGACGAAGAUACCUCGUUCACGUUGCGAUCUAGUAAAGGUGCCUGCGCCUUUGAAGAUGAUGUCUUCAGCUGCGGUCCGCAUAUCACCUCUGCGACCGAGUUCAGUGCUGAUGAUAACAAACUCUCCUACGGUGGAAACACGACGUUCUUCGCGGACAAGGCACCCAAGGGGCCCGUGAAGAGCACAGUAUUUGCAUCCGAAGCGGACCAUCCGAUCCAGCUAGAAAUCAGCUGGAAGGAGGGCUACUAGACCCGAUUGACCCAUUUAUUUCUAGAUUGUUUUAGUCUUGGUGAAUGGGACUGAAAUUGUAGACAUUGUCCAUAGACCUGCAUGGAUUGGUGCUGAGGCUGGUGCUCUUGUAUUGUUAUUAUCAUUGGUAUACAGAUAUUAAAUAGACCCGC